ACCCACCAAAGGAUGAUUAUGCAUCCAAGAAAGAAAGUGAGAGAAUCCGGCAGUUCACACUGUACCAUCUGAGCAAUCCUAACAGUCCAGAAACUGUUCCCCAGGAGGUGAUUGAGGCUAUUUGUGAACGUCAUAUGGUCACUUCACCUGUAGCUGAUGUUCAAGCCACCAAUCCUGGGUUGACAUUAGUUGAAUCCCUCACUCACCAGUCCACAGCCAUCCCCGACUGCUUCCAGCAGGAGCAAGUGGAUGGGUCCCCUCUUGUCCAUUCAUUUUCAGAAGAAGAGUUGAGGCAAAAACAAACAUCAGAUCCUACUAUCAAUGCAGUCAUUGUACUCUUGGAGACCGGUGAAACUCCAUGUCCCACCCUCAGGUUGGAGUUACCAGAACUACCCUUGUUACUCAGAGAGUUGGCUCGGUUGGAGAUGCAGAAUGGAGUGCUCUAUCGUAAGCGACAAGAUGGUCCAAACAUCUCAUAUCAGCUUGUGCUUCCUGAGGAGCUAAGAGCUACAGCACUUAGGAGUCUUCAUCAUGAUAUGGGCCAUCUUGGAGUCGAACGAACAGUAGAUUUGGCAAGAGCCAGAUUUUACUGGCCGAAAAUGCGCAUGACCAUUGAAAAAAUGGUUAAAGCCUGUGAGAGAUGUAUUCGCCGAAAAACACAUCCAGAAAAAGCUGCUCCACUCAUGAACAUUAAAACCUGCCGACCGCUUGAACUGGUGUGCAUUGACUUUUUGUCAAUAGAGCCAGAUCGCUCAAAUACGAAAGACGUUCUAGUAAUAACUGAUCAUUUCACAAAAUAUGCAGUGGCUAUACCAACUCCAAACCAGCGAGCACAGACCGUAGCGAAGUGCCUCUGGGAAAACUUCAUUGUCCAUUAUGGUCUUCCUGAAAAGCUCCUUAGCGAUCAGGGUGCUGAUUUUGAAUCGAGGACCAUAAAGGAACUUUGUGAACUUGUUGGCAUGAGGAAAGUGCGCACAACUCCUUACCACCCCAGGGGAAACCCGGUUGAAAGAUUUAACCGCACUCUUCUUCAAAUGCUUGGAACACUUGAUAAGUCAGACAAACUCCGCUGGAAAGAUUUUGUCAAACCUCUGGUACAUGCUUAUAACUGUACAAAGAGUGAUGUAACUGGAUUCUCCCCCUACGAAUUAAUGUUCGGGAGACAACCCAGACUACCCAUUGACUUGAUCUUCAGAUUGCCCACCAAUGCUAGCAAGCAGACUCAUUCCCAGUAUGUUGGCAAUUUAAAAUCUCGGUUGGAAGAAAGUUAUCGUAUUGCUACUAGUAAUGCAGGAAAGAAUGCAAGUUGCAACAAAGCCAGAUUUGAUCGGCGAGUGAUUGAAUCAAUCUUGCAGAAAGGAGACAGAGUUCUUGUACGAAAUGUGAAGCUGCGUGGAAAACAUAAGUUGGCAGACAAGUGGGAGGAGGAUGUUUAUAUUGUCCUCAAGCGAGCUGGAGACAUGCCAGUUUACACAGUUAAACCGGAAAGUAAAGAUGGACCAGUGCAGACUCUGCACAGAGACCUGCUUCUGCCAUGUGGAUUCCUGUCAGCAGCUGCAGAACCUGAGACAGUUAAAUCUCGUACAAACAAGAGACCCAGAACGAGACAAUGUCCAGUUGUUGAGAGUGAAGAGGAGAUCAUCUCAGACUCGGAUGAUGUUCCUGAUUGGGCGUUUUUCCCUCGUAUUACACCUGAUGCAUUUGUCAUAGUGCCUGAAACUCACAAGUCGAGUGAGCCUGCUUGUGCAGUCCGGCAGUCAGCAGAAACAGAGGAGUCUGUAGUUUCCCUUUCACCCGAUGCUCCAGCAACUCAGUCCGUUGUAGGAAAUGGAAAUACUGGAGACAUUCAAGGUGCAUCAAAUGUCAACUCACCUGAAAAUGACAACCUACCUGAACAUGACAACCUACCUGAACAUGACAACCUACCUGAACAAGACAGAUUAUCUGAAGCAAACGCCUUACCUGAACUGAACUCAGUUGACAGAUCCCCCCAGUGUUUGGAUUUGCAGCAAUCUGAGGAAACUCCUCCAGAUAAUGAGAUGAGUUCAGAUGCAGUACCUGAUGAUGGGUGUUGUGAUGCUAAUGCACCUGUUACUGUCCAGCCUGAACCCUUAAAGUUUCAGACUGAUGGACUUCAGGAUGCUGAAACAUCCCUUCGUCGCUCUCAAAGAGUGCACACAAAGCCUAAGAGAUUGGAUUAUGUGAAACUAGGCAAUCCUCUGAUAAUGGUGGUGAAUUCUCUUUUCCAGGGUCUUAGUGAAGCACUGACUAGCUCCCUGAAUGGUUUUGAGAAUGCAUCUCGUGAUUCCGUCAGGCAUGUGUAAGCCGUGUGACUCAGUGUCACAUUGCAGAUGCCCAGGGACGGGCAUACCCUUCAGAGGGGAGGGUGUAACCCACAUAAAAUGGGGAUGCCUCUUUAAGAAGCAGGGGUUAGGGAAGCUAGGUAGUCUACCUGGCCAAUAAAAAAGUUUAGUUCUGGUGUGUAUCAGCCAAUCAGAAUGCAGACCGCCGCUGUAGGUCCCGCCCUCCUUCCCCGUGUCGGUAGCAUUGUUUGUGUGAGCGUGAAGAUCCGCCAUGAGGAGGAGACUGCUAAGCUGUGCAGCGUGAGAGUCUGUGUGUUAAGACGGUUAUAGUACUGGAUACGAAUUUGAGGCGAGCUCUUUUGCAAUUGCAAUUGCUGUUUGCCAUCUGACUUCUAAGCUGGAAGUCGUGAAGUGAGUAAAUAGAUUGAGCUUCAGUUUUCUGCCGAGCACUGUUAGAGCUACCUCGUUAGCCUUGUUAGCUCUUAUUGGCUACUGGUUUCCUUGAAGUUCAUCUCGUUCCCCGUUCAGCUGAAGUGCCCCACGUGUCCGGACUGAGAGCCACCAUAUUGUUGUCCCAAACGUGUCGCAUUGAGAUCGGUCAGGUUUUUUUUCCCAUGCUGGAUUGUUCCUGAGGUGGAUUCCUCCUGUGACUGUGAUGGCGAGCCUUCCCACCUGAACUUAGAGAAAGAACUGGAUCCCUUCUUUUCCAUUUGGAGUCUUGCUGCACCCUGCGGUGUGGUAGGCCUGUAUCACUCAUACCAUCACACACAGUUGGUUAUGCGCGAGACCACUGACUGACAUUUUUUGCUUAUUGUUUCAUCCUGGAAUUUUGGACAUUACCCUUUGGACAAGUUUAUUUCAGACAUUAUAACAACCUGCUGUGUAGGAAAUCCUCCUCAUGUGAAUGGUGUUGAGUUGAACCUGAUUUGGAACUGAAAUUGAUUAAUCUGUUGUUCUGUUAUCCAUUACAAUUUGGAAUUCAGAUUACCAGGGUGCACCCAACAGAUUUGAUAUUGAGAAUUAGCACUUGGCCAAGUAGUAUUAUUAUUUUAUGUAUUUUAUUGUGUGUAAUUUCAUUUUCAUAAUUGUGAGCCUUGUACAACUGUUCGUCAAUUUUAUGGUUUAUGUCACUAAAGUUGGUUGUCCUUUAAAAUUAUCCAGCUGCCUUUGUGUGUCACUUAAACACCUCAUUGUGCUCCCAUAGCCGAACCUAUUGGCCCAUUCAUCUAGAAUAUAUAAUACCUUUCU